UAGGCUCAUCGCCGAAUACAGCUAGACGUUGUAUUCAUCUGAAAAACGAGGGAGAAUUUGGUCAGCUUUGGGCCACAAGAAAAAAGAAGAAGAAGAAAAUGACGAGCUGUUUGUGCUGCAGACCAGCGAUUGUGGCCAAAUCAAUUCACAACGAGGGCUUUGCGUCGCCGUCUAGAGCUCUAAAUCGUGUUGCUGGGUUUGUACCUUACGGUACAAACGGGAGGUCUCUCAGUUUAAGGUUUCGUGGCGUGCGCGCUUCAGCUGUGGACUCGUAUGAGAGCUCUUCUGAUUUCGUCAAUCGCAUGGAAAAAGCCUGGUUAAUAUCCAAGCAACCAAGGCCUGUUGCUUGUUCUUCUUGCGACUCAAACGGUCAUAUCGAAUGCAAAUGGUGUGGGGGCACAGGCUUCUUUAUGCUCGGCGAUAACAUGCUUUGCCAAGUCCCUUCGAGAGGUACUAGUUGUGUUAUUUGUGCUGGAAAGGGAUCAACGUGUUGCUCUGAUUGCAAAGGAACAGGCUUUCGUGCCAAGUGGUUAGGACAGCCUCCUAUUUCCAAGUAGCAGCCUUGCUCGAAAGACGUCUGCACUGUCGGAAAGAUUCAACCAUCAAAAGCUGCCGUAGAAAAUGCAGUGACAUCUUGUUCAUGUUGUAACAAAUUCUUCUCUGUUUCUUUUAGGGCCUCCAUGGUCAAGUUAUGAUAGUUACAUAUUCUUUAAAUCCACAAUAAAAAGUUAUACCUUCUUGUUUUAGAUUGUGUAGUCCACACACAGAACAUCACUCCUUUACUAGUUCUACCUUAUUCAUUUUAAUUCUUGAAUGUAUAUAGUCAUUGCCUGCACAAUAUUCUAUUAUCACAUUGGUUUAUUAAAUUAUUGUUGUUAGAACUGUGGUUAA